UAUAUCACAUAAAUAUUUAUAUAAAUUGCCACAUUUAUUUCGGAGCAGCACUUGUGAACAUCUCCAUCGUUUUGGCCACUAGUAUUUAUAUUGUGAUAGUAAAUUUCAGGACAAGUCAUGAAAAAACCAUUGAUACUAUGUCACUUGCUGUUGGUGGCAGCAAUGGCAGCGGAUAUACCCUCUGACGAUUACAAACGCUUUUGGAAUACAGCACCUACAAUUAUGCCAUCUACAAUUGUGUCAUCCUCAAGUUCAAGACCAACGACAUCAAGGCCGCCCACUACUCCUCCACCCACAUGUCCUCCGGGAUAUGUUGGCAAUGUGCCUCACCCGGAUUUCUGUAAUCAAUUCUUCUGGUGCAGUGCCUGGGGACGACCUAAUUUAAAUACCUGCCAAGCCGGAUUUGAAUUUGAUCCAGCCUUAAGAACUUGUGUCCGAAUUGCCCCUGGUGGAUGCACUCUUAGCAGACCUUCUUCUACAACUCAGAGACCAACAACACCAGGUUCAUUUACAACUGAAGAUUUCGAAGUGUCAACAAAUCCGCCCAUUACUGAUCCGCCGAAAUGUCCUCCGGGUUUCGUUGGCAACAUGCCCUACCCGCAUAUCUGUAAUGCAUACUUCACAUGUAAUGAGUGGGGUGGCACAUCUACGAUGAGGUAUUGCUCAGCCGGAUUUGAGUUUGAUCCCACACUAAGAAUAUGUGUCCGGAUAGCCCCUGGUGGAUGCACUCUUGGUGGUACUACUGCUGCAACUGCUGCAACUGAUGUACCAUCAACACCAGGUUCAAGACCAACGACAUCAAGGCCGCCCACUACUCCUCCACCCACAUGUCCUCCGGGAUAUGUUGGCAAUGUGCCUCACCCGGAUUUCUGUAAUCAAUUCUUCUGGUGCAGUGCCUGGGGACGACCUAAUUUAAAUACCUGCCAAGCCGGAUUUGAAUUUGAUCCAGCCUUAAGAACUUGUGUCCGAAUUUCCCCUGGUGGAUGCACUCUUAGCAGACCUUCUUCUACAACUCAGAGACCAACAACACCAGGUUCAUUUACAACUGAAGAUUUCGAAGUGUCAACAAAUCCGCCCAUUACUGAUCCGCCGAAAUGUCCUCCGGGUUUCGUUGGCAACAUGCCCUACCCGCAUAUCUGUAAUGCAUACUUCACAUGUAAUGAGUGGGGUGGCACAUCUACGAUGAGGUAUUGCUCAGCCGGAUUUGAGUUUGAUCCCACACUAAGAAUAUGUGUCCGGAUAGCCCCUGGUGGAUGCACUCUUGGUGGUACUACUGCUGCAACUGCUGCAACUGAUGUACCAUCAACACCAGGUUCAAGACCAACGACAUCAAGGCCGCCCACUACUCCUCCACCCACAUGUCCUCCGGGAUAUGUUGGCAAUGUGCCUCACCCGGAUUUCUGUAAUCAAUUCUUCUGGUGCAGUGCCUGGGGACGACCUAAUUUAAAUACCUGCCAAGCCGGAUUUGAAUUUGAUCCAGCCUUAAGAACUUGUGUCCGAAUUGCCCCUGGUGGAUGCACUCUUAGCAGACCUUCUUCUACAACUCAGAGACCAACAACACCAGGUUCAUUUACAACUGAAGAUUUCGAAGUGUCAACAAAUCCGCCCAUUACUGAUCCGCCGAAAUGUCCUCCGGGUUUCGUUGGCAACAUGCCCUACCCGCAUAUCUGUAAUGCAUACUUCACAUGUAAUGAGUGGGGUGGCACAUCUACGAUGAGGUAUUGCUCAGCCGGAUUUGAGUUUGAUCCCACACUAAGAAUAUGUGUCCGGAUAGCCCCUGGUGGAUGUACUCUUGGUGGUACUACUGCUGCAACUGCUGCAACUGAUGUACCAUCAACAGCAGUUUUCUCUACGUCGGGAGGAUUUGAAGUAACAACAGUGCUAAGCAGCACAUCAGCACCACCAGCUCCAUCGUCCUGUGCUUCAGGGUUCAUGGGCACAGUUCCACAUCCAGACUUGUGCAACUCAUUCUUUAUGUGUUUGGGGUCUGCCGCUAUACAAAUGUACUGCACAUCGGGCCACGAGUAUGAUGCCCAACUGCGAACAUGUGUUCAACUAGCCCCUGGUGGUUGUACUCUUGGAAACGUCACCACUGAGUCUCCUUAGAACACGACGUCAUAAACUUCAAAAUAUACCUAAUCAAUGGCUGGCUAGUCACUGGUGGAUAGACUUGACAUGAAAUUAAAUUAUGAAAUGUCAUUAAUUUAAAAUAAAGGCUCCUAUGAAUUGAA